ACUCCCUUUCUUAUUUUCACACUCCUUUUAACUGCUUAACAUUGCCUAUAAAUACUUGCUUUGAAGCAAAGGCAGUGUUCAUUCAUUCAUAUAUAUCCAAUAUCCAAUUCUCUUCACAUAGCAAAAAACAGAGAUGGCUGUCCACAGCUUAUUCAGAGUGGUCGCAGCCAUUGUUGUUUUGCUCGUUGCCAUUCACCCUGAUCGAGCCGCCUCAGCCUCGGGCCGUGGCGGGUUCGGCCUCAAGAGCGUCGAUCAGGGUGAUCUGGCGGUGACUGGCUUAUGCUCUUGCGCUACUAUCUUGCAUGCUGGUUAUAAAUGUCAAGAGCAUCAUGUGGUGACAGAUGAUGGAUAUAUAAUAAGCAUUUCGAGAUUUCCAGAGGGUCGAAAUGGUCAAGGCGCUGGUGGUAAUAAACAGCCGGUCCUGUUGCAGCAUGGCCUUCUUGUGGAUGGAAUGACAUGGAUGCUGAAUUCAGCCAACGAAUCUCUAGCAUUUAUAUUGGCUGAUAAUGGUUAUGAUGUGUGGAUUGCUAAUACCAGAGGCACCAGAUUCAGCCGACGCCAUCUUUCUCUUGAUCCCGACAAUAAGAAAUUUUGGGACUGGACGUGGGAUGAUCUGGUAACUCAUGAGCUAUCAGCCACUGUUGAUUAUGUCUUCAAACAAACUGGACAGAAGGUUCAUUAUGUUGGACAUUCCUUGGGAACUUUGACAGCACUCGCAGCAUUCUCAGAAGGAAAUCAGGUAGACAAGGUCAAAUCAGCGGCAUUGUUGAGCCCAAUCGCGUAUGUUAGCCACAUAACAACUGCACUUGGUAACCUUGCUGCCAAAGCCUUCGUUGGUGAGAUUACAGACUUGUUGGGCAUAGCAGAAUUUAAUCCAGUUGGAGUGCCGGUAGCUAUUUUUCUCAAGGCUUUGUGUGCUAAUCCAGGAGUCGACUGUUAUGAUUUGAUUACUGAAAUGACAGGCCCAAACUGCUGUCUCAACACUUCCACCGUUGAUUUAUUCCUGAAGAAUGAGCCUCAAUCAACAGCAACCAAGAAUCUGGUGCAUUUAGCUCAAUCCAUUCGGUUUGGAAAAUUAGCAAAAUUCGACUAUGGGAGUGUAAAGUCCAAUAUGGAGCAUUAUGGAAAAGCCACACCACCUAUUUACAAUAUGAGCAACAUUCCAAAGAAUCUUCCUUUGUUUCUCAGCUACGGAGGCAAAGACAAGCUUUCUGAUACGAAGGAUGUGCAGAUAUUGCUCGACAGCCUGAGGUUUCAUGAUGUGGACAAGCUGGAUAUUCAAUUUGUUAAGGAAUUUGCUCAUGCAGACUUCAUAAUGGGAGUUACUGCUAAUAAUGUUGUGUAUAACCAGAUGAUGGCCUUUUUCAGAAACCACCAAUGAUGAUUAAGGGCACUAUUAAGCAACAUGUAUGAUUCUUCAAAAUUUAUAUAAUGUUAAUAAUAGUGUCUAUCUUUAUAAAAUGGCUCAGCCUCCUCAGAAUC